CCACAACAUAUAUUACUGUACUAUGACACGCCGGACCAGUGGGAUGCUGUUUACAAGUCAGACAAGAAUUGUUCACAACGUAUGGCAGUCAUGAAUCCAGCUAAUAAUCAGAUAAUAACCCUCGAUACGAAUCAAUGUAAAAUUCAAACUAUAGACGGCAUGCAGAAGUAUAACUGCACGGACGAAAGAAGAUUCAUCGCUGCGCGAGAACGUUGGUGGUAUAUAGCGGCUGCUCAUUGCCGACCAUUAACUCCUAUUGGUAUCAACUUAAAGUAUAAAAUACACAUGACAAACGGUGCCGAAGAUGACUAUCUACACCGGGAAUAUUCAGCUGACGAGUUCUAUAUCCUUCCAAUUGACAUAGCAUUUUUGAUAGCAUAUGUAGUGCUGUGCAUUCUUUCUAUCAUUUGUGCAGUGUUUUUGAGAAAUCGUCAACUAUGGCAUACAACGUAUAAAAUGUACAUGGUCUCAGUAUUUUUGUGGACAUUUUACCUCUUCCUGAUGUCUGUGGGUUAUGGUAUAUAUGGUAAUGAUGGCCUAGAAUGGAAACUUCGGUCUACAAAAUAUGCAGCUCGAGCAUUUGAGUCAAUCAGUAUUAUGAUAUUUUUGCUGAUGUUGAUUUUGAUUGGUAAGGGUUAUACGAUCACCAGGGGCAAGCUGAGUAUGGCAUCAACAGUAAAGAUUUCUGUCUUCAUGACCUUAUAUGCCAUUGUUUAUGUCAUCAUAUUUGUAUGGGAAGCUAUAAUAUUUGACCCCGGUCUGGUAUUGUACCUAUACGAGAGUCCACCAGGAUACGCCCUCAUUGCUAUGCGUAUAAUUGGUUUUGUUUGGUUUUGCUAUGCUAUAUUCUUUACAUUGAAACACUACCCAGAGAAAGGCUCAUUCUACUAUCCUCUCUUUGUGUUUUAUACUUUAUGGUUUUGGGCUGGCCCGCUCAUGAUUGUAAUUGCAACAUACGCUAUUGCAUUAUGGUCUCGUGAAAAAACUGUUGUAGGAGUUGAAAAUUUUGUAGCUCUUUGCGGCCAUAUUUAUUUUAUGGUUUUAACCCGACCAUCUGCAGCCAACAAAAACUUCCCAUAUCAUGUGAGGACCACUCAGAUUGGAAUCUUACAGAACGUGCCUCAUCAGAUGGGCUCAGGUGCUCCAGAUGCCAACGACACUUCUUAUGGAGGUCAUGCGUAUGCGGUCAGUAAUCCGAUGCAGGGAUCGAGCAGUGGACCGGAUCUGACCAGCCUGUUUGUGACGUCACAAACCAAGUCAGACAAGGAGAGGGAGUCGGAGACGUCACUGAGCUACAACAACAACAGUAACGGAACCGACUUGCCUCCGGAAUAUAAUUCGUUCCCGAUCGCCUCGGCUCCACCACCGUCUUAUCAGGACAUGUUCCGAGCCCGACCAAGUAUCUCAGAGUAAAAGAUCUGAGCCUGACCAAGUAUAUCAGAGUAACAGAUCCAAUGGACAUCCAAAGAACAGAGUUAUAUAUAUAUUUAUUGUGAUCUACAAAAUAUGCAAAAAACUUGAAAACCAGUCAAUAUGACAUUACAGACAAAAAGUGAACUUACUGUUGUUUUCUUUGUUAAGGAACUAUAUAAAGAAUGUUGUCUAGCCAAGACUUUAAUAUAGCUUUUAUGAUAGAAAAUAUAAAGAAUUUCAUUUAUAGAAAGACAGAGUAUUGUAUAUUGCUAUUUAAAGGUGAAACCCAAAUAUUUCAUUGUGUAUAUCUUGAAUUUAUACUAAGUUUGAUGUAUAUCUUUAAUUCAAUGAAUGUUCUGACAAAAUAUCUGUUUAUAAACUAAAGAGAAAUCCCCAUAAAACUUACAGACAUAGAAAGCUAUCUAAUUAAACCAGUUUUUUUUUAUUUUUCCUAUUUGAAAAAUGUAUUUAAAAUGUAUAAAAACUCUACUUGCGGCCAAAGUAUGUAAGGUGUUUACUGAAAGGUUUGACUGUAUUGUGAUAUAUAUAUAUAUAUAUGUUAUAUAACAUUCUCAGACAAAAUUACAAUUAAACAUUUAUUUUUUGUAAUAACUAAAGCUCUACGAGUGUCAUAAAAUUUAAGAAAUGAUUUCAUUCAUUUGAUAGUAACUUUCAAUAUUGCCAAGUCUACAAUUGAUCUGUCUAGACCAAUUAUUUUCAAGUCAAGCCGAUAAACAAUCCCCUCUUUAUCUUAUAAAUUUACUGUUCUUAUAAUGAAACAAUAGCAGCAUAAAGCACCCGGGCAGAAUUAUUUCCAGUGCCUAGUCAGUGAAAAAGAAUCAAUUUUUCUAAUAGAGCGGCCGUUUUCUGUAAACUGGUAACAUUCAUAAUGUCAUGGAAUUAAGUGCUAAACAAUAUUGAAAUGUCUGGAAAAGUCUCACUUUACACUAAAGAAAAUGGUCACAAAACAGUCUGACUUGGUUAGUCAUAUCAGCUUCAUAUAAGCUGCACGCUCAAGGUUGUUUUAUUUAUAAAAGGAAUACACCAUUUUCUGGGUUUGCCACAGACCGGGGAAAUAUUAUCAUAAAUCUCCCUCUGUUAUGAAAGUAAUACAAAUUUAAAAGUUUUAUGGGGGGGGGGGGGGAACAAGACAUCAAAAACACUAGGUUGGUUAUUAUAUUUAUUAAACUACCUGUUUUGAUGUUAUGAAAAUAUAAUGAAAAUGAAAUUUCAAAAGUUGAAAAAUUAUCACGGAAAUACCAAAGAAUUGCCAUAUUAAUCUUGGAAUCUUAAAAUAUUCUGAAGUAUCAUUAAAACAAAAUAUCAAAGGCUAAUAAUUGAUAUUUAAAUUUCUUUUAUUUUAACUUCGACACUGGUUGAUAGUAUGAUUUAUUAAUUUGGCAUCUUCGGGCAUCAUGGGAAAAUCAAAGGUUAUCAUUGAUUUUGAAAGUGUUUUACAUUAUGCCUCAUAAAAGGCGAAAAGAGUUAACUUUAUACAUGUUUUACCCCAACAACCCCCCCUCCCCCACAAAGUGCACAUGACAUUUCAGCAUUGUAGUUUAAAUUGUUUUUGAAGUUGAAAUUGAAAUCACAAUGGCACUAAGUAUUUUAGAAAACAAUCAAUUUUUAAUGACUUCAUUGUGUAUGUUAAUGAUAAAGAACAAUUUACUGUUACAUGUAUGUUAAUAGUUUUAAGAUACAUAUUUAUUUUCAGUUGUAAGAUUCACUUAAUUUAGUGUUUCUAGAAACUUAGGAUUUUGCUUUCCUUUAUAGACGGCUUGCAGGCUUUAAUUUAAAGUUUUUGUUAUAGUUUGCUAGGUUUUAAUUUUUAGAUGUUUAUGAUUGCUUUAUAAACAUGUGUUUGCAUCUAAUGAAACAUUUGUCCAUGUU